AUGAGAUAUUUGGAGAUGAGCUGCAUAUCGAAAACAAACAAACUGUUCCAGAAGCUCCAGGACAUCAAUCCGCAGCUCAACAUCGAGGUGGAGGCAUACUCCUGCAAGUCGAGCAGGAAGCAGAGGGGACAGAGGGAUGUGGAGAAGCCUCUCCGGUACCUGCAGUCUGCGCUGGGGCUGCGGUUUCCAGACUACGACUUCCAUGGGGAGCCGUGGAGGUCGUUUGAAAGGAAGACGCUGGAGGAGGUGCUUCGGGAGGUGGCAUAUUCGAUCAGCACAACACACAAGAACAGCGAGGAUGUAAAGGAGUUUGUGGGGUUUCUGGAGAUGAUUCUGGACAGGUCGAUCAACACGGGGUCGUGCUUGAUAUUUUCGUACAAGAACCGGAUGGGGCCUUUUGAGGACUGCUUCUGGUACUUUUCGUUCCUGCUGUUUAGCAAGAGGCAGAAGAGAGUGGUGAUGCUCAAUGCAUUUAUGAGCAGAAGCGAUGUGUAA